AUGGAGUGGAAACGGCUCGGUGUACGAAUUUCGAUAUGGAUUGUACUCCAAUUUGGCAUCCUGACCGCCGGUGCUGCUCCACAGCUUUCCUUGUCAAUCGUCAACAAUCUCCCCGGUGACGCCUCCGUAAAUGCAUAUAUCACUGGCCUUGACUCCGGUAAUCGUCUCGUUUUGCUUCAGCCAGAUGGCACCUGGUAUCGACCUGAUGCCGCCACACAAUCAUCCACCCCAACGCGGAUAGCGACGGACGUCGCAAUUCCUCUCGGCCCGUAUAGAAGUGUCUCUGUUGUGGAUAUUCCAGGAUAUGUUACAGGCGGCCGCAUUUGGUUCGUCGUUGGCACGUUGACCUUCUCGACGGUCCUGGAUGCGAAUGGCCUCGUCACUCUGGUCGAGCCAUCGGUUACCGAUCCGUCCAAUCCCAACAUAGGAAUGCAAUGGGGCUUUAUUGAGCUCACUUAUUCUGAAACAGACGGUCUAUUUGCUAACAUUAGCUAUGUCGACUUUGUCAGUCUUGCACUGGGCUUGUCACUCCAAUCGGCAGAUGGCAGCAAACAAAUGGCUCGGGGGCUUCCUGCCCAUGCCGCGAGGCUCAUAUGCGAUAGCCUGCAAAUGCAGGCCCGCAUCGAUGGUCAACCCUGGGACCAGCUCUGCGUGAUGGAUGCUGCGGGUGACGUCAUACGAGUCUUAUCGCCGGCGAAUUACGUGAGCAAACAGCCGACGGCUUUCAACGACUACUACCGUGACUACGUGGACCAGUUUUGGAUGACAUACAGCCAUGGACUGCUGACUCUGAAUACGGAUAAUGCUGCAGGAGUUAUCGAAUGUACCGUGUCGGAUGCGCUUCUCACGUGCAGCGGAGAUAACUUCGGCUACAGCAAGCCUUCCACUGCCGAUAUCUUUGGCUGUAGCAGUGGCCCGUUUGCCAUUGGCGACGGGGACAAUGAAAUUCACAGGGCGGUUGUACCCAUUCUCUGUGCUGCUUUCACUAGAACCACGCUCCUGUCAGAUGACGGAAAUAUCGAACCCCAACUAGAUUCCACCUCGUACUAUACCACUAGUCCUUCCAACUACUACAGCAAAAUUGUGCAUGAUUAUGAAGUGGAUGGGAAAGGUUACGCGUUCCCGUACGAUGAUGUUGGGAAGGGCCAAGCUGGCCUCGUCUCAUCCACGAGCCCGAAGUUGCUGACCAUUACGGUAGGUGGGCCGUGA